UUUUCCUUUAACCUUCCAAGAACAAAAAGCAAAAAAAUUCCAUUUUGAGGACUGAGUGUGGCAAUCAUGGAAGAGAAGGAAGUUGAUUACAUAUUGGUGCCUUUGGGUUUAGGGAUUAUGAUUUUGUAUCAUAUUUGGCUUGUUUUUACUGUGGUAAAACAUCCCAGAAGAACUGUUAUUGGCCUUAAUGCAGAAAGUCGACAUCAAUGGGUUUUAUCUAUGAUGUCUGAUCCACUAAAGAAUGGCGUCUUGGCAGUUCAAACGAUUCGCAACAAUAUAAUGGCAUCCACUCUACUAGCAACAACUGCAAUUACUCUAAGUUCAAUAAUCAGUGUUUUUGUGAGCAGCACUUCAAAUUCAAACUAUGCAGCUUCACAAUUAGUCUAUGGAAAUAAAACACCACUUCUAUCUUCAGUUAAAUACUUUGCUAUCUUGCUCUGUUUCCUUGUUGCCUUUCUUUGCAAUGUGCAGUCAAUUCGGUACUAUGCUCACGUCAGCUUCUUGGCCACUGUUCCAACGUUUAUAGACAGAAGAGAACCUGUAAGUUAUGUUGCUAGGAACUUAAAUCGUGGAAGCCUGUUUUGGUCAAUUGGACUGAGAGCAUUUUACUUCUCGUUUCCGCUCUUUUUGUGGAUCUUUGGACCAAUACCCAUGUUCAUAUGUUGCAUCAUCAUGUCGUUUGUACUUUAUUUCUUGGAUACAACCACUAGUUUUACUAGAAAUCUUCAUAGUUAUUCUCUUAAAGAGACUAGAGAGAAGACAGAGUCCGGUGAUAUUGAGUCUGUUUGAGUAGAACCAAGUCAUUUAAGUAUAGUGUACUGAUAAAAAACCUAUUACUGGGUCAAAUGCUUGUAAAUCUGUUAUAUGUCAAUGAAGGUUAUUUUCAUUGUUAUAAA